AAAAUUUGUCAAUAAAAUCAAAUUAAUUUAUCGACAUCGUUUCAGUCUUGAUCAGACUUUGAAGUAGAUAAAACUCAAGAUUUUAAGUAGAUAACUUACAUAGAAGUCGGUCUAAAGUGCUUCAUUUGUUCAGUGUCUGAUUGAAGUUACUUGAUUACCUUUGCAAAUACUUUGGAACAGUUAUCAUUAUUUAUUUUAUCCCAAGGUUUUUAACUUGUAUUACUGCAUGGUAAACUUUAUUGAACGAAGAAUAUUUAGAAGUAUAACUCAAAAAGCUAUGGCACAGAAGCACUUACCAUUAUUCCUUGAAGGAGAGGUUGUAAAAGGUUUUGGCAGAGGCUCUAAGGACCUGGGAUGCCCUACAGCAAACUACCCACUAGAGGUAGUGCAGUCUUUACCCAAAGAUCUUGUACCUGGAGUGUACUAUGGCUGGGCACAGAUAAACCAGAGCCAAAUAUACAAGAUGGUGGCAAACAUUGGGUGGUGCCCCUUCUAUCAAAACAAGCAGAUGUCUGUGGAAACCCACGUGAUGCACAAGUUUGACGAAGACUUCUAUGGAUCACAUUUGAAAGUGAGCUUAGUGGGAUAUUUGAGAGGAGAAAAGAAUUUUAACUCUUUAGACGAGCUUAUAGAAGCAAUCAAGCAAGAUAUCAAAAAUGCUGAUGAGCAUUUGGAACUGCCUGAAGCACAAUUGGUGAAGGCACAUCAAUAUUUUACAAAAAGUGUAUGAUUUACAGCUUUUUAGCCAUUUUAUAGACCAUUUUUUAUAUUUUAUACUGUUAUGAAUUUAUUAUAAUAUUGACAUGUUAUUUAUUUUAUGUGAAUAAUAAGAAUGUUAUUUUUACAGAAAAAUCUUGCCUUAGUGAAUUUUCCUUAUGGUCAGUUAUACAAUUAUGUAUUUAAUUUAGAAAUAUCCCUUGUUGAUUUAGUUAGAAGUAGCUCAAAUUAGUUUCAUAUAUUUUUUAGGUAGAAUAGAUGUAAAGUUUAACAUGUGUAUGUAGAGCUAGCUUAUAAUUAUAUUGUAUGCUAGCUUACACCAGCUAAAAUUAUAAAUUAACUGAAUUUACCAAUUGAUAAUAAUCAUUAAAAUAUUCAAGUAAUAUAUGAGGGAUAUUCCUUAACUAUGUGAUAUUUUUGGAAGGAGUGUGCAAUGCAGUUAGUUAUAAGAAAAUAAACAUUAUUUACAGUA